GUACGCACCUUCGGCCAUGGGAGCAGCGUAUGCUCAGAUCAUCUCGUAUGCCGACCUGAGUGACGACAGCACCGACGGGCAGUACAUUUGCCACAACGUUGUCUCGAGCAGCGCCUGCACGGCGCCGGCGACACGCUACUUCUCACCUCAGUUCCUGGACGAAUGGUUCGGCACAUCUGGCACGUCGCGCUUGACUCCGGAAUGGGUGACUGCGCGCGGCGAGGCGGAGCGCCGCUCGAUCGAGGUGAUCGACGCGCAGGACAAGCCGGCGAUCCAGCGCGUUGCUCACCUCUCGGACAUCCACCUCGAUCCGCGCUACCUAAUCGGUGCCGAGGCGGCCUGCACAAACGGCCAGUGCUGCCGCGCUGACUCUUGGAACAGCACUACCGCACCCAGCGGCCCUCCUGCCAGCGCGUUCACCACGGACGGCAACGUGGAGCUCAGCCUGCAGCCGCAGAACAUCAGCCAGCCCGCUGUGUACUGGGGCGCGUACAAGUGCGACUCACCCUGGGGCCUCGUGGCGAACACGCUGAGCAGCGUCAAGGAGGUCAUCACCAGCGACACAACUGCGUACCGCAAACGCGCAAUGGGUGACCGCAGCGCGCUUGCGAAGCGUGCAAUGUCUAACAAGCUUGCAUUCAGCUUGUUCACUGGCGACAUGGUCACGCACGAAAGCGGCGCGGCGUGGCACCUGACACGCUCGCUCGUGUGGUACGUGCAGCAGGCAAUCUUUGACUCUUUCGCGCGCUGGCUUGGGCCAGGACCGGUCUACAGCGCCAUCGGCAACCACGACUCCGUUCCCAGCGACUUUGCAUCGCCUAACAGCUUGCUAGAUGGACGCGGCAAGCAGUUUAGCUGGGAUUGGAACAAUGUCGCAAGGCUAUUCAGAACGGAAGGUUGGAUCACCGACCCGAAAAAAUUAAAGGAGGUCAAGACGCACUACGCAGGGUACUCGGUCAAGCACAGUGAUGAUCUGAGGAUCAUCACGCUGAACACGGACAUGUGGUACAAGGGCAACUACUUCAAUUUUAUCAACACGAGCAACCCAGACUCUAGCAACAUGCUGCGUUUCCUGACCGAUGAGCUCGUCAAGGCGGAAGCUGCCAAUGAGAAGGUCUGGAUCAUCGGCCACGUUUUGACCGGGUGGUCUGGCACCAACGGCCUCAAGGACCCCACGAACCUUUUCUACCAGAUUGUCGAGCGCUUCUCGCCGUAUACCAUCAGGGGUAUUUUCUUUGGGCAUACGCACGAGGAUCAGUUCAGCGUUAUGUACGCCAAGAACGGUACAACACGUGCAACGGUGGACGCGCUGAACGUGGCUUACAUGGGUCCCUCUAUCACCCCAGGCACGAACGUGAAUCCAUCCUUCCGCAUUUACGACGUCGACCCUUUGACCUGGCAGGUGCUCGACUACCAUCAGUACUACACGCAAGCUGCGGAUUUCCUGACGUUGCCACAUAGCGGGCACGGACCGGUGUGGUCGCUGCUGUACUCUGCACGCGCGACAUUCGGCAAUUUCAGCGCGUCGGUCGCCGCGGGCAGCUACACAGCGCCGGUGCAGCUCAACGAGGACAACCUGUGGCCGCAGGAUGUGCCGCUGAACGGAUCCUACUGGGCCGCCGUGACUGACGAGAUGAGCGCGCGGCCUGAACUCGUCACGCUGCACACGCGCCUCAGCGGACGGAACUCUCCGCGCUCACCGACGUGCACGGAGGCAGCGUGCAUCGCAGCGAAGAUCUGCUACAUGCGCAGCGGCAGUAGCCCACUCGGCCAGGAGUGCCCGCAGGGCUUCGAUUCGGUCCAGUCGGGAACUUAUCACUAGAGGGUGCGAUGUAUUUUUUGUGUUGGGUUGUGUUGCAGCGAGCAGUGCAUUAUUCAUCAAGAGAACAGAACGAAAUAGUAAUGUAUUCGCGGACGCGAAA